AUGUCUGCCGACGACUUACCCGACCUGGCUGGCGACCCCAUGGCUGCUGCUGGGGCUCGAUCAUUCACGAUCCAAUUAUGGACACAGUAUGCAGUCGGAGUGCUCGUGACUAUCCUCAGAACAUAUGCUCGAGUCAAGGCAGUCGGAAUAAUAAACAUACACGGGGACGACGUCCUCAUAUGGGUUGCUGUCCUCUUUUACAGCGCCCGGACGGUUCUAGGUCAUAGUGUGGGAGAUAUCGCCCACGGCCUCGGGAAUAACAACAUGACUGAUGCGGAGCGCCUCGCAGUGCCGCCCGGUGACCCGGAGUACCAGAUGAAGGGAGUGCUGUACUAG